AUGGCUCCUACAGCAAUUGAAUCAGAACUCCCUAUUCACACCAGCACAAAGGCGCCGGCGUAUCCGGGGCCCUUGAAGCUUUCCUCGUCGCUCGACAGCUACGAGUCGUUUGAUGUGACCCCUGUCAUUGGUCGCGAGUUCCCGAAGGCCAACCUUGUGGAGUGGCUGAACGCUCCGAAUGCUGAUGAACUUAUCAGAGACCUCGCUAUUACCAUUUCCCAACGCGGAGUGGUCUUUUUCCGAGCUCAAGACAACUUGACCAAUGAUCUGCAAAAGCAGCUAAUUCUCCGGCUCGGCGAGCUCACCGGCCGCCCGAAGGAGUCCGGACUCCACAUCCACCCGGUCCUCAAUUCGGAGCGGGAGCUUGGUGGGUCUGACCCGGAGAUCAGCACUAUCAGCUCAGUGCAGCACAAGAAGAUCUACCGCAAGCCUCUGGAGGGCGAGGAACUCAGUCCCAAGAAACAGUCAACCGCUCAGUGGCACAGCGACAUCGCCUUUGAGCCUGUGCCGGCAGACUACUCAUCCCUUCGUCUGGUUCAAUUGCCCAAGACUGGUGGAGACACUUUGUGGGCUUCUGGAUAUGAGAUCUACGAUCGCCUUAGCGCUCCGUACCAGAAAUUCCUGGAGAGUCUGACUGUGACCUUCGAGCAGCCCGGCUUCGCCGCGGCAGCAGAGCGUGGCGGCUUCACUCUCUACGACAAGCCUCGCGGAAAUCCCAAGAACAUCGGCAGUAUCCUCAAGGCGGUGCACCCUAUCGUCAGAACCAACCCAGUCUCUGGCUGGAAGAGCAUCUUCCCUGUUGGAGGCCAUGUAAAGCACAUCAACAGUGUCACCGCUGAGGAGAGCAAGCACCUCCUCGAUUGGUUUCUUGAUAUUCUGCAAAAGAAUCACGAUCUUCAAGUUCGUCUGAAGUGGCAAAAUAACAACGACAUUGCGAUUUGGGACAACCGCAGUACUUUCCACACCGCGACCUUUGACUACGAUGACCAGGGAGAGAGGUUCGGUAACAGAGCGGUUGGAAUCGGCGAGGCGCCCUACCUCGACCCAAAUAGUACCGGCCGUCGGGACGCUCUGGGGCUAGAUUACAUCACUGGGCCAUAG